AUCGAGUACCACCGGCACGAGAUAUAUAAAAAAACAGUGCAUACAAGCAAAAAAAUCAUUGAGGUGCUCUGAACAUUCUGAAUCUCAGCACCAUCGGCACCAAGCUAAUGGGGGAUAGAUGUCGGUGUCACAUCCAACAAUGCAAUGCAAUGCAAUCAGAAAAGCAGUGCCAUCGCACGGAGCCGAGCAUCAAUGCAAUGCAAGGCACUUUCAAUCUGUCCAUUCUUCACUUCCCAGCAUCAGGCCGGGACCAUGCGUACGUUUGCGGGAAGCACGCGGACGAGUUCAGAGAGUUCGCGCACAGUUCAGUUCCCGUCGCGCGUGAGUGAGCAGCAGAGCAGCGCGCGACAGGUAGGCAGAGCUCUCUGCUCAUGCGGGAACGGCUGAACUCUCCGUCCCUGACUCCGUGAGCAGCAGGGCAGGGGCGGCAGCCGGCAGGCGCUUGCUUUUGCCGUGUCCGUGUCCUCCGUCGGCGAUCGGCCCUGGCCCCCGUGAAUAUUCGUCCUCACUGGCGGCGCGCGUCUGCUGUCUGUCUUCCAGCAGGGCCCGGCCUUGAAUGGCCCCCGGUUGGCGCUGCGUGCCUGCACGACGGCCUGUGCGAGGCUCCAGCAGCGGCAGGGGCCAGGUCAUUGAAUCCAUGUGAGUAGCCGAGGAUCAUGUGACAGCCGCUGCGCCUCUCAUCAAUGGAGCAAACUUCCCAUAUAGCCUCACGCCCCGAUAGCCGCCUCUCUCAGAGUCAGAGUCACGCUGCGACGACCAAGCACACGCCGAGGUCGUAGUCGUACUACGAUCUCUCUGGGCUGUGCCUGUGAUGGGGAGGCACGCUGGCGGCGUCCUUCUCGCUCUGACGGUGGUGCUGCUGCUCGCCGCCGCGAGUGGUGGCGUCAGACCAGCUGAUCCUGCUGCUGGGGCCAAUAAUAACGGACUGGCGCAUGGAUCAACGGCGGCGGCGGAGAUGGUCGUAGCUGCGCCGUCAGCUGCACAGCAGGUAUAUCCGUAUAUAUAUAUACUGUCAUGUCGACCAGACGACUCCACGGAUCUGAAUCAUCAACGCAGAUAUCAUGCAUGCGCUAGCACUGAUCAUCACGUACGUUUAGCUGCAGCUGCAGGGGAGGAGAAGCAAGGACGACGACGGCGUGCUUCUGCGGGAGGAGGUGGUGCGCGCGACGGGGUCGAGCCUCCCGGACUGCUCGCACGCGUGCGGGGCGUGCUCGCCGUGCAGCCGCGUCAUGGUCAGCUUCAAGUGCUCCGCGGCCGAGCCGCUGCCGUGCCCCAUGGUGUACCGCUGCAUGUGCAGGGGCAAGUGCUACCCGGUGCCCUCCAGCUGACGAUGGUGCCGAUCGAUUCAUUAGUCGCCGCCGCCGGGAUGGAGAUGACGAUCGCCAUGAUGACCUCACCUGCUACGUACGAGUAGCUAGGUAGCACUACUUGAACCUUACUUCAUCUAUGCAUGGAGAGUUAGUUGGUCGAGACUUCUCCCGUCUGAGCUAAUCACGGUGGUUCGGAACAGUUUUUUUGUAGAGAUGAGUCGUUAGCUAGCUGGUACUAAUAUGUGUGUGUUGUGUGGAAGAGAUAUCCUGAUGACGAGUCAUUUUUUUUGGCUGUACAUGUAUCGUGUAUUCCUGUGCACAGGGCUACACCCGUGCACAAAUGAAUUAUUGGCCGCCGAUCUAGGAUCCAAUAAUUGUCCAA